GUGAUGUCAUACAAACUAUACAAGUACGAGGAAGUUGCGUCGAAUUCCUCAUAAACUACAACUACCAGGGGGGAAAUCAGAAAUGGCGUUAUUGCUUUCUGCCUCAACUUUGCCUUCUACGCCAGCAUCUUCAAAUCUCAAUUACCUGUCAUCCUCAAUUGCUAAAACCGCAAACUUGCCAUCGAGUCCGCUUUUUACGGGAUUGGAUAAGAAUAAACCGAGAAGCCAAAAGGCCCAAUCAUUUGUUUCUUUAUCUGUGAGUACUCUUCAAUCAGUUUCCAAAACUGGACCAGGCAGUAUUAAACCAAGAAAAGGCGGCGAUGAAUAUGGGAAAUUGGUCAAAUUGAGUGAGGGAAGGGACGAGGAUGAGAAAUAUGGCUCUGUUUGCCCCGGUUGUGGAGUCUUUAUGCAGGACAAAGACCCCAAUCUUCCUGGAUAUUACAAGAAACCCACUGUCAAUUCCGCAAUAGAUAUAGAGGAAAACAAUGAGGCCCUUUCGGAUUAUGGUGAUGAUGGAGAUGUGUAUGAAGUGUUUGAUGAUAUUGAUACUAUUGAGGGGAAAAUGGAAGAAACGGAUUCUGGAAAUGUGGAUAGAAUUGAUUGGGAUGCGGAAGAAUGGAAUUCGGGCUUUGUAACCGAAGAUGAUAAUGAAUUGGACGGAUUUGCUCCAGCUGGUGUAGGUUAUGGUAAUGUCACCGAGGAGUUUCUUGAGAGAAGGAAGAAGAAAAGGGUUUCGAAAGCAGAAAAGAAAAGGAUAGCAAGAGAGGCAUCCAGGAGUGGAAAGGAGAAGGAGGCGAAAGUGUGUGCUCGAUGCCAUUCACUGAGGUAUUAUGGACAUGUUAAAAAUCAAGCUGCAGAGAAUUUAAUACCUGACUUUGACUUUGACCGGUUAAUAACCACCAGACUAACAAAAUCCACCGGGAACGGCGAUGCCACAGUUGUGGUCAUGGUGGUGGACUGCGUAGACUUUGAUGGGUCAUUCCCAAAGAGGGCUGCCCAUGUUUUAUUCAAAGUGCUCGAAGGCAAUGAAAAAGAAGGGGCGAAACAAUCUAAAAGACUGCCAAAGCUUGUUCUGGUGGCAACUAAGGUUGACCUUCUCCCCUCCCAAGUUUCUCCAGCAAGGCUUGAUAAAUGGGUAAGACAGCGUGCUAGGGCUAACGGUGCACCUAAGUUGAGUGGUGUUUAUUUAGUUAGUGCCCGUAAAGAUUUAGGCGUGAGAAACUUGCUGGGAUUCGUUAAGGAGCUCGCUGGUCCACGUGGUAAUGUGUGGGUUAUUGGGGCUCAAAAUGCCGGAAAGUCAACGUUGAUUAAUGCCUUUGCAAAGAAGGGAGGAGUGAAAGUUACAAAGCUCACUGAAGCUCCAGUGCCUGGCACUACACUAGGGAUACUGAGAGUAAGAGGGGUGUUGUCUGGAAAGGCAAAGAUGUAUGACACUCCUGGCCUUCUACAUCCCUAUCUAUUGCCCAUGAGGCUUAAUAGGGACGAGCAGAAAAUGGUUGAGAUACGCAAGGAGCUUCAACCUCGCAGCUACAGAAUAAAGGCAAGGCAUACUAUACAUGUUGGCGGGCUAGUAAGAUUAGAUCUCAACCGGGCUUCCGUGGAUACCAUUUACGUCACUGUUUGGGGUUCCCCAAGUGUCUCUCUUCAUCUUGGUAAAACAGAAAAUGCGGAUGACAUUUGGAGCAAGCACUGUGGGGUUAGGUUGCAGCCUCCCAUCAGCGUGGACCGAGUUCCUGAAUUAGGCCAGUGGAAAGAAAAACAAAUCAAAGUGUCAGGUACAAGCUGGGAUGUGAACAGUGUGGAUGUAGCUGUGGCUGGUUCAGGGUGGCUCUCCUUCGGUUUAAAAGGUGAAGCAGAUUUAACAUUGUGGACUUAUGAUGGCAUUGAGGUCACGUUGCGUGAGGCUUUGGUACUUGACCGUGCCCCGUUUCUUGAGAGACCUGGAUUUUGGCUACCCAAGGCAGUCUCUGAUUCUAUUGGAAACCAAAGCAAGUUUGAAACUCAAGCUAGGAAAACCAAACUUGAUAAAGGUGACAUCCUGCUAUCAGAAGCAGAAGUAUCUUAUUAAGGACAAACCUUAAAUUACUUCGAGGUUGAAGGACUCAAGGACAAGGACGUAGGAACUACAAUGAAGUGAUUUAUAUCUGACUUAUUAUAUCAGUGUAGCAUCUUCGUAAAAAUCAAAGUAGGGCUGGACCAGGUUUUGGACCUGUUGAAACUGUAUCAAACCGAAACCUGUCCAACUUAGGUAUGGUUGCUCCCACAUAUAAGACCAGCCAGUUCUGGUGUAGUUUCAGUUUUUUCUCUCUGAAAAUGAUAAAGAAAUAGAAACAGAGUCGACCCAAUAACCGGAACCGGAGUCGACCCAAGAACCGGAACAGAUGGAGUACUUCAUUUGCAUUUGGAACUCGAUAAUUUUUUGUUGUAAAUCUUUUAUAUCAAAUUUUGUCCAAGCUAAUGCAACUUGUGCAAAAUAUUUUGGCCAACACCAUUACAAUAGAGGGCUUCAUUAAUAAAAGUUGGUUGUAGG